UGGAGGACAGCAGGUAGAGAUGAGGACAGAAGCAACAUUGCCAGCAGGCACUUGAUGACGAAAUGGCUCCAAAGAUUUGUGGUGCCACAAAUCCCCCAUCCACAAUUGAUGAUACUGAAGAGCUGACCACUGAGAGCAAGUGCAUCCAUACAGCCGUCAGCCACCCAAAUCAGACCAGUCCAGAGCUCGGCCCUCUCAUCAAGGUUGGACAGGCCCUUGAUGACAAAUUGGCUCCAAACAUUUGUGGUGCCACAAAUCCCCCAUCCACAAUUGAUGAUACUGAAGAGCUGACCACUGAGAGCAAGUGCAUCCAUACAGCCGUCAGCCACCCAAAUCAGACCAGUCCAGAGCUCGGCCCUCUCACCAAGUGUCAAAAACCCUGCCUGCUGUCCACAACAGUAUCCUCCUUGGAUAAGUGUGUUCAUUGUGUGAGACCUGUAACUUCCUUCAAGUGGCUUGGCUAUCGAUGCACAGAUGAGAUUGCGUUAAGUAAAGCUGAAGACAGUGGGAGCGAAUCUGAUAACGGCAACACAGAAGUUACAGCAUCAGAGUUUGGAACUGUGGAGCCUGUGGAUUUUGACUCUACAACCACAGAGCAAGACCAUGACAUUGGAGUCUUUGGAUCAGUGUCAUUUGUGUCGUCCACAGUAAAUGAGAGUGUACAUCCCUCUGAAGGGAAUUAUGCUGAUAAAGAACAUGGAUCCAGAAGAGUGGCAAAGAAAAUGUGGUCUAAGGCUGAGGUUGCUGCUGUAAUGCGACACUUCAAAGAUCAUAUAAAGGGGGAAACUGGCCACCAAAACUGA